AGCUUCGCAGAGGCGGACGCAGAACUGGCAAUUUCUUAGGGCCCGAAGAUUUGUAUCCAUCGAAAAUGAGAUUGAAGCGAAGUUCAAAGCAAAAAAUGGCUAUUCCACCACCCCCGGGACCACCACCGCCGCCAGGACCUCCACCGCCUCCGGCGAUGGGUGGUCUUAAAUUGGGCGGCGCAGGAGAAGCAGACGCCCGAUCUGCACUGCUCAGUUCGAUCCAGAAGGGAACAAAACUGAAGAAGACCACCACGGUGGACAAAAGUGGGCCAGCGCUGUCCGGCAAGGUAUGCGGAGGAGAUGGAGGAGCAGGUAUCGGAGCCAAGCGAACCCUCAACAACAACACCAGCACCAGCAAUCACAACAACAGCAGCAGUAGCAGCAAUGGCCUUGGCAAUGGAACCCCCAAAUUGGGAGGCCUGUUCGAAGGCCUCUCGCAAAUGCCAAAACUGAAGCCCGUGAACGGCAUUCGCGCAACGCCAUCCACCGGCUCGGCAGCAACAACGACAUCGAAGUCCACAACGAACUCAUCCGCUCAGCAGCGGAGCAACAGCCCCCCAGCCGCGGCGAGCGCCUCGAAUGCCAGCAACGGACCCAUGGACUUUAACACGGAGCUCACCAAGCACUUGACGUUGAAGCGCCAAAAACAGCAGCAACAGCAACAACCACAGCCGCCGACCAACAACACACAUAUCAAUGCAACAGAAGCCAAUCUGAGAACAAAUCGGGGACCACCACCGCAACCGCCAAAGUCAGCCAGCUCAAGUGAUUCGAUCUUGGAGCGCAUGAACAUCCCCCGCACAGCGCCGACCCCUCCCUCCGCUUCCAGUUCGAGUGUCAAAGCGGCAUCGCCCACGCUCUCGGACAGCGGCAGCAACAGCAGUGGGAGUGGAGGUGGAAGUGUCAAGAGCAAGGCGGCCAACCUAAAUAUCUCGUUAGGCAAUAGUUUUGUAAAUAGUUCAAAAGCAACCGUGAGUGCCUCGACCGCGUCCUUAAACAGCAGUUUAACCUCCUCGACGGGAUCAAUACGCAAUCUGGCGCCAAAUAAGUCCACUCUAUUUGGUGGCACCAGUGGCUCUAGUUCCGGGCUGAGUUCUGGUGGUGGUUAUGCAACUGUGCAUAAAUCCUCGCCGCCCUCAACGACCGAUAGCACGCCGUCGGUGACGCCCACACCGCCACCGAAUCAGCUGCCGAUGAAGCCGGCCAUCAGCUUUGGCAAGCCCAAUUUUGCUCCGAAGCCACCGGGCUUGAAUCAACUGGCGAUGGCCAACGGACAGCAGCGUUCGGCGGUGACCAGGCACCACAGCUUGAAGUCGCCCAGAUCUCCGCCUGCGGCCUGCAGCGUCAACGGCCCCGUGUUCCCCACCCAGCAGCAUUUAGGCACUCUGCGCGGUCCACUGCAAUUUCAUGGCAGCGAAUCCAGCAGCCCCAACACCAGCGCCGGCAGCAUGAGAUGUGCCCCUAACCCGCCAAAGUGUAAGAGUCCUUUCCUUGCCCGCCCAUCGGUAAAACCACCACCGCCACCUACGCCGGCUCGCAGUUUCUCCAACACCAAUCUGAACAACAUCGGCGGAUCGACGAUGUUCAGUGCGGUAAACACAGCUCUUAUCCAGAGCUCGGCCAUCAGUUCUCAGGCUCCCUCACCGCCAAUUACCCAGCCGCCAUCAUCGUCGAGCAGCAGCAACAGCGUGGCUGCCUUGCGCGACCAAUUCCGUGGAGGCGCCGGAAUGUCUAACGGAGCACCAUCGCCGCCACUGCCGUCGACGCCCGCACCCUCAUCCAGUCCAUCCUCAGCAAGCGCCAGUCCCAAAUCGUUGCUGCGAGACAAUGUCAAACCGAUUAUCCUAAAUGGAGGUCCUCUAAAUCCGCCAGCGCCGCCACCACACCGCAGCUGCCCACCACCGCCGCCUCCACAGCGACAGUCGAGCAAUCAGGACCGAGUGAAGUACUGGAUAGAAAAGACGGUGUACUCCUUUAAGAAGAUACUCCCUAUAAAUCCCAAAGGGAGGCACGGUGGCGAGUCAGUCAAGGUUAUCAAAAUGCUUAACAGCAAGCGCAACGGUGGCUCCGGAUCGGGAUCAGCGCCAGUUCCGCCGCAGCGUCACUCAUCCAUUCGGCCCAACGCCCCAUCGACGCCACCAACGCACAUGGCCAAUGCCUCGCAUCAGUUUGGCAGCAGCUCUGGUUUGUCAUCAGGCUCGGGAGCAGGAGCUGCAGCUAGCGUGGGUCGCCUGGUCAACGACUUGGAGACCAAGUUCGGGAAGCGAUUCCACAACGUCACUGAGUUCCCCAAGCCGCCGCCGUUUCUAAAUAUACAAAAAGUCUAUCCUAGUCGCACGUUUAAGGCCACCAAUGGUAUGUAGUCGAGUGUGUGAGCGGGUGUGUUUGUUUUGUGAGUGUUUUAUUUAAGUACAUAAACAUUUAGAUGCAUUGUAUCUGCGAUUAUUGUUAUAUACAGACACCACACACACACACGGAAUGCUGUUAUAUAAUUAGUUUUCUCUUAAGGCACACGCUCUGGCAUUUUAGUUUCGAACUACAACGAUUCUUAUCUCUAAAUAAUUAUAAUUUUAAAAGUGUAUUACUACCAGUACAGAUUAUUGUUGUAUAGGAAGGAAAGCCCAGGCUUGCAAUCCACGGCACACACAUAAAUAUGUUAAAAUCCCGCAGAGUUUAGUAAUCUUUUUGAUUAUUGUUGUUUAUUUUACUGUUAACAAGCAAUGAAAUGAUUGCGUAAAGCGUAGCGCAGGAAUGUUAUUUUGUAUAUUGAUUGCAUAACACUAAAGUUGAAUAGCUUUAUCCAAACAUUAUAUAUUUGAUAAAUUUUAAUGUUAUCUUUUGUUACAUUUCAAAAGGGAAGGAACAUGGAAGCUUCCCCGCGCGAUAUUACCACUAAGCACACAUAAUAUUAUUACGCAUAGUUAUAUUUUACCCAAUCUAUACUAUAUACUUUAUAUGUACGUGUAUAUGUAAACAGAAGCCAACCCAUAUUGCAUUGUAUUUCCCUGCGCCCCCAUUUACAUUUCUCCUACAUGUAGCGCAUGCUUUUACUUGUACCCGGCUAUCAUUUUAUAUAUAUUGUAACUACCAACGUCUAUAUAUAUAUCUAUAUAUAUAUAUAUAUAUAUAUAUGCAUAUAUAUUAUACCCGAUGAAUAUUUAAUUUUUAGUAUGCAACAGGCACAUUACGAGUAAUUGUUUGUUUUAGUUUCGAAGUUAUCUUUUGAAGAAACAAUAAACCAAAAUUCAUUUGGAUAAAAUACAUGAACAUA